AUGGCAACGGAGACCGCGCUACGGAAGCCGAGAAGGCGGGGGGCCGAAGCCGCAGCCAGCCGGAGGAUGCUGAGUCCCGAUCGCUUAGCGCUGCCCGACUACGAGUAUCUGGCUCAGCGACAUGUGCUCACGUACAUGGAGGAUGCAGUGAGCCAGCUGCUGGAGAACAGAGAGGAUAUUACUCAAUACGGCAUUGCCAGGUUCUUCACUGAAUACUUUAACAGCGUGUGUCAGGGGACUCAUAUUCUCUUCCGAGAGUUUAGCUUCAUCCAGGCCACCCCCCAUAACAGAGCAUCCUUCUUACGGGCUUUCUGGAGAUGCUUCCGAACGGUGGGCAAGAAUGGAGAUUUGCUGACCAUGAAGGAAUACCACUGUUUGCUGCAGUUACUCUGUCCAGACUUCCCACUGGAGCUCACUCAGAAGGCAGCCAGGAUUGUGCUUAUGGACGACGCCAUGGACUGCCUCAUGUCUUUCUCGGAUUUCCUCUUUGCCUUCCAGAUUCAGUUCUACUACUCUGAAUUCUUGGAGAGUGUGGCCGCCAUUUAUCAGGACCUGCUGACAGGCAAAAACCCCAACACUGUCAUAGUGCCAACAUCAUCCAGUGGGCAGCAUCGUCAGCGGCCUGCCUUGAGUGAGACCAGUGCCCUGGAGGGAGUGGAAGCGUCACUGUUCUAUCAGUGUCUGGAGAACCUGUGUGACCGUCACAAGUACAGCUGCCCCCCUCCAGCUCUUGUCAAAGAAGUCCUGAGCAAUGUCCAGAGACUGACCUUCUAUGGCUUCCUCGUGGCGCUCUCCAAGCAUCAUGGGAUCAACCAAGCCCUGGGGGCUCUGCCUGACAAAGGGGACCUGAUGCAUGACCCAGCCAUGGAUGAGGAGUUGGAGAGAUUGAUGGCCCAGGUACCAGGGCUCCUCACCACCACCACCUCUGGCACAGAGAGUGGCUGUCCACGGACCUCUCCCCGUCUGGGGUCCCCCUGGAGACCCCUCCACCAUCCCCGCAAAGUGGAUGCAGAGAGCGACGGCUCCACCGAAGAGACGGAGGAGUCCGAGACCUGACAGGCCCUGGAGGACCCGGCACCCCAUCCCGCUGGGGCCAGCAUCCCCUGCACAAACGCCGCCCCCCAUCCUUGCACUGCUAAAGGCCCCGGGUCCCUCCCGACUUCCCUCUCUCUCCAGUCUCAGCAGCUGGGCACUUAGGACAAGCCCUCCCCAGCUCUACCUCCUCUCAACACCUGUCAUAUACUGCCCUCUGCCGGUAUGCAUGAUGUGGGACAGCAGCACCCACAACCAAGCCACCCUCAGCCUGGUGCUGCCAACCUUCAAAGCCCUGGCUUAGCAGAUUGACCUGAAACCGUCUGUUGAUGGGGAGCAGUACCCUGGGCGGCACACUCCCCGAGCUCACACCCAACCUCGUGGGGAAGACAGUGCUGUCAUCCUGAUUGCAUGAGGGGCUGCCCUGGGCCUUGGUGGGCCCUAGAAGCCAGAGUAGGGAACGAACACAAGGAGUCAUCCUGGGCUGACGCUUCCCAUUCCACGAUAAAUACCAUGAGUGAUGGAAUGAGAAGGGGCGGGAAAGAUGGCAAAUCCAUUCUUUAAAAAGCUGUCUCUACUCUUGCUGUCUUAAUAUAUGUAGUGAAAUAUGUGAAAUGAUAAUAAAGUCCCUUGU